AUGAUCGACGAGAAAACGAAACGCGAAUUCGAUAAAACGAUCGAUUUGAAUUUGUUUCUUCUGAAAUUGUGUGGUAUUGUUUCGUGCGGAGAUGGAUUCGCAAAUAGAAAUAUUUUAGCCUGGUUCGCGUUCAGUUGUUUAACAAUCUACAGUAUUUCGUACGUGCAUGAAUUCAUAACAAACACCACUAAUCUGACCACUGCCCUGGAAUCAGUCGCGAUGAUUAUUUCAAUUGUAGGUGGUCACGCACGAUAUACAAUCUUAUUAUGGUUCCGUGAUAUUUGUCAAACAAUGUUAAAUGUUUGUGAGAUUUUCUGGUCUAAUCUGAAGCCGCAUGAGAAAAAAAUCGUUCAAAGUUAUACAAGAAAAACGAUAAGAUUAACACGUUGGUAUUUGGCUUCUUGUGUUCUCACUAUUGCGUUUUAUGCUUUCUUGGUUCUUUUCGGAUCUUUGUUCGAUCAAUCGAAAGAUUUCGAGCAUGUUAUGAGAAACGAUAGUAACCUCGUUCCGUCGGAAGCCGGAAAUAUUUUGGAAUCAACGAACAAGCGACAUUUACCGUAUGCAUUUUUUCUUGAUGUACAGAAAACACCAUGGUACGAGAUCGUGUAUGCUCUUCAGUUGAUCGGCAUGUUUAAUGUCGGUUUUACUUGUGUUGGCGUGGAUACUGUCGGUGCUUUGUUCAUUUUGAUCACUUGUGGUUACUUCGAUACGAUUCAAUCGAGAAUUGAAAAUUUACACUCGUUCGAUACGUCGUUGUCGUCAUCGUUAUCGUUGUUGAAUAUAUUAUCAAGAAAAAUAACGACAGCAAAAAUGUCGGAUACUAAAACAAAGACGUCAAAUAGUGUACAAAUGAAAAAUUUGCGAAUGUGCGUGAUUCAUCAUCAAUUAUUAUUGAAUAGAUUUUGUGAGGACAUUGAACAUCUGACGAGCGGAAUGUUUUUUAUUCAAGUAAUCGCUAGUACGUAUAAUAUUUCAUUGGUUGGCUUUAAAUUGCUCGAAGAUACUCCGGACAAAUUCAAAUAUAUCACGCAACUCGUAAUCCUCAUUAUUCAACUUUUUCUUUGUAAUUGGCCGGCGGAUCUUCUUCUUUCAAAGAGUAUAGAAAUUAGCCGAGCCACAUAUUCAAUGCCUUGGUAUGGAUAUUCCUAUAAUCUACAGAAAAUAACGAAUAUACUUAUGAUCAGAAGUCAAAAAGCAGUUCGCUUAACAGCUGGAAAAUUCAUCGGGCUUUCAUUGGAAACAUUUGCCUCCAUGAUAUCCACCGCUGCCUCAUUUUUCACCAUGGUUCGAAGUGUGAAUUAAAACUCGUCUCAUAAAACGAAGAAUAUCAUCCAAGAUGCACCAUUUUCUUCUCUUCAUCCGUUCAUUCGUUCGCUGGUUCCAAUGGACAUCGUAUCAAUGUUUUUGAGCGAAUACGAGUAGAUGGCUAAUCGAAUAAACGAUUGCCUUAUAACUA